AUGCAUGUAUCUUGUUUGGUCAAGGAUGAUGGUAGCAGGAAGAAUAAAAAAGGAAGAAAGAGCAAAAAGAAAAGAGACGCAGAAAAAAAAGGUCUUUUAAAUAAAAGAGAGAACAACAAAAACAUUAAUGCUGGCAGUAAUUGUAAAGGCUGGCCAACAGGCGGAAAAGAAUAUGUUUAUGGAUGGAAUCAAAGAAAACUAUUUGGAGGCGAAAUCAAAGGAAAAAUGGGAAGGGUGAAAGUAAUGGCAGGAUCGGCGAGGGGAGCAAGAAUAAUGAGAGGAACGAGGGGAAUGAGAGGAGUAAGAGGAGGAUUCCACAAUAGAAAAAUUAAAAUAUUAUAG